AGCUACGUCAUCGUAACCGCCUCGCUCACACAUUACAGGUGGAAGUGGUGCCGUAAACAAGCUUUCUUGCAAGCGUUCCAAGCCGCACGGCGCUGUAGUUCGUGCUAAAAGCAUCGCAACACUUCGCAAAAAGGACAGCGACGUCUUGAUAGCAGUUCAUGAGUCAUGUUUGAUUAAUCUUCAUUAAAGUUAGUUGAAUUUGUGCUGUGUUAUGUGCAAGACACCACACCCACUUAGUCAACUAUAGACUUCAGUGUUGUGUAGAACUUCACAUGAGUUCAUACGAGAGAACACAUUCCAUUCAUUCUUAGCUAAAAUUACUACUGCAUUGAUGUAAACUCAAUGCCAUCUGCCCAUUGCCAUGUCUGUGCUUGAUAUCAACGAACGACGAGCAUACCUGCAGAGCCCUUACUUCAAAAAGCACGAAUACGGUGAUUUCAGCCCGUUUUACAUCACUGUCACCGUCUGCACUAUCAUCGCAGCAAUUAUAAUCAUCAUUAAUAUUGUUGGGUGUUGUUCAAAAUACUCUACUUACUGGAACGACCGCCAUACUGGUAACAGGUGGAUAGUUUCGCUUUGGACAGCAACACCACAUCUUCAGCCAUCUUUGGAUUACUCUGAACUUGAUCCCAAGUUCAUCCCGAGCAAGGUGGUAACGGAGUUGCCUAGGGACGUGACCCAAUAUAGUGAUCUUGAGGUUGAGCUACCCUCCACACACGAGCAGUACCAGUACGAACCAAGAGGUUCAAGACAACAACCUAUUGAAUAUUUGGAGUUGCAUCAGAAGAGCAGAGAGAGUGAUAUCUAGAUAUUAUCAUAUAAAUAAAAGAAACACAAAAUGUUGCACAUAUAUUGGCCGGUCACAGCUUGCGUAACGAUGUUUCUCAUCGUUGGCGUUAUUAUUGUGAUGCUCAGGUUUGGGCAUCGUUUAUGCAAGUUGAGGCAUACUGCUCUGCCAGAUGAUAAUGAUUGGGAGGAUAAAGCCUAUGAACAAAAAGUGUCUUAUGCUGAAGCAAUGC